ACAUGAGUGAAAGAGGAGGAACUUCUCUCCACACGAGCCGAGAGAGAGAGAGAGAGAGAGAGAGAGAGAGAGAGAGUGAGAGAGAGAGAGAAAGAGACAGACAGAGAGAGAGACAGAGAGAGAGAGAGAGUGAGAGAGAGAGAGAAAGAGACAGAGAGAGAGAGAGAGAGAGAGAGAGUGAGAGAGAGAGAGAAAGAGACAGAGAGAGAGAGAGAGAGAGUGAGAGAGACAGAGAGAGACAGAGAGAGAGUGAGAGAGAGAGAGAAAGAGACAGAGAGAGAGAGAGAGAUGGGAGACACGGCGCGAGACCGGCGCAUCUCUCCGGUAAAGAACUUCGUGGCCGGUGGAGUCGGGGGCGCGUGCCUGCUGCUCGCCGGUCAUCCGCUCGAUACCAUCAAGGUUCGCCUUCAGACGCAGCCCAAAGCCUCGUGCUCUCAGUAUGUGCUGUACACAGGAACGCUCGACUGCUUCCGGAAAACUCUGUCCAGAGAGGGAGCGUUGGGGCUGUAUAAAGGAAUGGGAGCGCCGCUGGCCGGAGUGGCUCCCAUGAUGGCCAUCAGCUUCUUCGGAUUUGGACUCGGGAAGCAGCUGCUCCAGAGCGACCCGUCUGUCCCCAUCACCUCCACACAGACGUUCCUGGCCGGAAUGUUAGCCGGAGUUUUAACUACAGUGAUUGUAGCUCCAGGAGAGAGGAUCAAGUGUCUGCUUCAGGUGCAGUCCAUCAGCGGGCAGCUGAAAUACACCGGGCCGAUGGACUGUGCAGUGAAACUGUAUAAACAGCAAGGCAUUCGCAGUGUGUAUAAGGGAACCGUCUUCACUCUUAUUAGAGAUGUUCCUUCUUCUGGUCUCUACUUUCUAACGUACGAACACCUCAAAAAUGUCCUGACUCCUGAGGGCGAGAGCGUGGACCGACUCAGCACUCCGAGGAUUCUUCUGGCCGGAGGAACUGCUGGAAUCGUGAACUGGGCCGUCGCUCUUCCACCUGAUGUCCUCAAAUCCAAUUUCCAGACAGCUGCUGACGGACGCUACUCGGGUUUAGUGGAUGUUUUGCGAACGCUGCUGAGAGAUGAAGGAGCCGGAGCGCUGUAUAAAGGCCUGAGUGCGGUCAUGCUGCGAGCGUUUCCUGCUAACGCGGCUUGUUUUUUGGGAUUUGAAGUGGCUCUAAAGUGUUUAAACUGGCUCGCACCAGACUGGUGACCUCUACACGACCUCUACACGACCUCUACACGACCUCACGCUGGUGCUGAUUUUCUGGCUGAUGAUGAACUCGGACUUUACACGAACCCGUUCUGCUAAAAACGAAAACAAUCAAACUCAUACGCAGUUUUUAAAGCUGGAAGUUAUGACCUCAGUUUUCACAUCUUAAAGGAAUAUUUCUCCCAAAAACCUGGAGCUCAUAAUUCGCCUCCUGCUCUCCUUAAAUAAUAGCGUUAAUAGUUUAUUUUUUCAUUAAAAAUGUGAAAUUAUCCAUGUAAUAUUAUUUUCAUCAUUAUUAUUAUUAAUAUUAAUAAAUGUAUUAUUAUUUAUUUAUUAUUAUUAUUAUUAUUAUUAUUACUAAUGUUCAGUUUAUUUAGCAUUAGCAGUUUUGGGUGAAUUAGCAGUACCUCAUUACUGAAGUUUAUUGCACUGGUGAUUUAGCUUCAUAUUUACACAUAAAUGUAAACAUACUGAUUUACCCACAAUGCAACUGUGCACAUGUUCAACGUUCAGGUUGUUAUUGCAGAAGUGAAAUAUUACAAUAUCAUGCUUCCAGCCCAGAGUAUAAAAUGAUUUAAAGUGAGAGUAUUAUGGCUAGGUGGAUUAUUUCACGCUGUAUCAGUGAGUUUUAUAAAUAAAUAUCCUGUUUUAUUUCA